AUGUCUUCUAUGAUGUUCCUCAACAGGGCUGGUGCCCGAGGUAUCCGCAGCGUUGCUCAGACUCAGCAAAUGCGAACUGCUGCGACUUUGGCUACCUUCAAGACCCCCAAGGUCUUUAACGAGCCCAACCACCACUAUGCCAAGGGCAGUGACCAGCGCGAGGGUCUGACUGCUGCUAUUGAGAAGCUCCAGAAGAAGCUGCCCAUUGAGGUUCCCGUUGUAGUUGGUGGCAAGCAGAUCAAGGCCUCCGCUCUCUCCAAGCAGCAGAACCCUGCCGACCAUGCCACCACUGUCGCCUCUUACCACACCGCUACCACCGCUGAUGUUUCGGCCGCAAUCGACGCUGCUCUUGCUGCUAAGCCUGCCUGGGAGGCACUCCCAUUUGCUGAUCGAGCUGCUGUCUUCCUCAAGGCCGCCGACCUCAUCUCCACCAAGUACCGCUACGAUAUCAUGGCCGCCACUAUGCUCGGCCAGGGCAAGAACGCUUGGCAGGCCGAGAUCGACGCCGCUGCUGAGCUGGCUGAUUUCCUCCGCUUCAACGUUCACUACGCUGAGCAGCUCUACAACACCCAGCCUGAGCACAACUCUCCCGGCGUCUGGAACCGUCUCGAGUACCGUGCCCUCGAGGGUUUUGUGUACGCUGUCAGCCCCUUCAACUUCACUGCCAUUGCCGGUAAUCUCCCUGGUGCCCCUGCUCUUCUCGGAAACGUCGUUGUGUGGAAGCCCAGUGACUUUGCCAUUGCAUCGAACUGGCUGGUCUACCAGAUCCUCAUCGAGGCUGGUCUCCCCAAGGAUGUCAUCCAGUUCGUUCCUGGUAACCCUGUAGACAUCACCAAGGUUGUUCUGGAGCACAAGGAGUUUGCUGCUCUCCACUACACUGGAAGCACCGCUGUCUUCCGUCAGCUGUAUGGUACCAUCGGUCAGGGUAUCGCUGAGGGCCGAUACAGAGGCUAUCCUCGUGUCGUUGGUGAGACUGGCGGCAAGAACUUCCACCUGAUUGACCCUACAGCUGAGAUCGACAAUGCUGUCAAGCAGACUGUCCGUGGUGCCUUUGAGUUCCAAGGCCAGAAGUGCAGUGCCACGUCUCGACUUUACGUCCCUAAGUCCAUGUGGCCCGAGUUCAAGGAGAAGCUUGUGGCUGAGGUUGAGGCCAUCAAGAUUGGCAACCCUACUGAACACUCCAAUUUCAUGGGUCCCGUCAUUCACGAGGCUUCAUUCAAGAAACUCUCCGGUGCCAUUGAUGAGGCCAAGUCCGACAAGGACCUCGAACUAGUUGUCGGUGGAAAGUACGACUCUUCCAAGGGCUACUUCAUUCACCCUACUAUCUACGCCACUACCAACCCCAACCACAAGUUCUUCUCUACUGAGUUUUUCGGCCCUAUCCUCACCACCUACAUCUACGACGAUGCUGCCCCCAACGCCAUGGCUGACGUCUGCAAGCUCAUUGAGACCACCUCCGACUAUGGCCUAACUGGUGCCGUGUUCGCUGCUGACCGUGAAGCUUCCCGCUUCGCCGAGGAGCACCUCCGUAACGCUGCCGGAAACUUCUAUGUCAACUGCAAGAGCACUGGCGCUGUUGUCGGCCAGCAGCCCUUCGGUGGCUCUCGUGCUUCCGGUACUAACGACAAGGCCGGCAGCCAGAACCUCCUGACCCGCUUCGUCAAUGUUCGGGCGAUCAAGGAGGAGUUCACUCCUACCACCAAGAUCACCUACCCCAGCAACGAGGUCUAA